AAACGAUUUCUACAUGAAGAAAUCAGGUCUACCCUAGCAACGAGGCUGGCCGACACCACCAAAUCCGCAUUGUGGACAAACGAGUCGUUUCUUCGCUCAAUAAGAUCUGGUGUGCCCGCCGACGCGGCGAUGCCGCACGCACGCUCGCCCGCCGAUUUCCCGCGCUUGCUUCCUCUCCCGCGCAUGCUCGUUUUUCUCCCGCGCUGUUUCUUCUUCUACACACGGGCAAGGUCGGCCUUUUCCCCUUGCUGCUCGCCGAUUCAUCCGGCCCCAAUCCCAAAUCCUUCAUUCGGCCCCAAUCCAUCCAUCACCAUGAACCCCCUCUGUCCACCAUCUUUGAGCUCCAAGCAAAUCAGGGCAGGGCAGGGCAAGCGUGCUUCUGCGGCCCUUGAUGUCCGAUUUGCAUCGGCCGCCGCUGCUCCCGGUGGCCUUGCUGAUGGAUCGACUUCUUCCGCCGGUGAACCCAUCGCCCAUGCAACAGCAACAUCUCCAACACUUGCAAGUCUUGAAGCUGCGGGUUUUCCUGCUUGGUGUUCAAGUUCAUCUCAGUUGGGCUCAAGUGAAGGGAUGUACCCACCAGGUGGGUUUACCAAUUUUCUUGAGUCAAAUGGUAGUUCAGAGAAUUUCCAUUUAGUUGGCAACACAACAAGCAGGACUACAAUUUCUCUAACUGCUCCAAAUUUGAAAAGAACCCUACCAGUUGGGAUCAACUGAAGAUCCGUUGGGAUCGUAUUAAGAAACCAUCAAUGGAUAGCAGAAUCAUAUUCAGUUUCCAUGUUUGCAUUCAGUUUUAUAUUGUUGACAUCAAUGAGCUUUGGUUGCAUAUAAACUGAUAGCAGAAUCUGAAAAACUGCAUUUCUACUGGAAACUGAAAACUGAAACUUGCAUGGUGUGAAACUGAAAACUGAAACUGCAUGGUGUACAUAUUUGGCAAAAGUUUGGGAAUUCAUAUAGGCAAAAUAAUUAGGUACAUAUCUUCAAUCUCUGUUUGCUCAUGCUGUUGUACAGAUUGCAUCAAUCUGAAACUUACUUCCUGUGAACACAAUUUGAAACUUAUUUCCUGUGAACAGAAUCUGAA